AUGAAGCUAAUAAACAGAAUUAUGAUGCGCAAGAGACUGCAGCAAGAGAAGAAUUCUGAGCAACUUCAACAACAUCAGAGCACGGGCGACGUAACAUUAGACGACCAUGAACGAGAAGGAGAUAACAACCGUUUGGCCGAUAACCAUACGCUGCUACACUAUGCGCAAGGUAAGGAUUUGACACAAAGAUCAUGUAAAACCUGUUCGGUAUUACACCCGUUUGACCCAACCAAGUUAAAGCCUGGGAAUCGAUAUAUCGGAGUGUUUACGAUGAGGAAAACAGCAGCAGAAGGCUGCGAGCUGUGUUCAAUCCUCUUGAAAGUUGCAACUUACAAAGUGGAAUGUGCGACUUUCUUGAAAUUUUCUUUCCAAUAUGGCUACUUAGCUGCGGUAGUUUCUUUGGAUGGGAAGGAAUCUCCCCAAAGAGAGUACUGUGUCAGCCUCCGCACCUUGUCUGGUCAACCUUCACCAUGGCCUUGCUUUGCACCCCAGCAACAUAUUCCUCCGCGAGUUGAGAUGUGGAAUGCAAUUUGCCAUAUCAAAAAGUGGCUCAGCCAGUGCGUGAGCCUUGAUAGUUCCGCUCUUAUAGGCCAUCAAUGCCACGAAGUCAGCGAACUUAUCAUGCCAGUGCUACCUACUCGUGUGCUAGAUGUUAGUCGGGUUGGCCCUGAUGGUAAAGUUUACUUGGUUCACAGCAAUGGAAAAGGCCAAAAGUACACAACCCUAAGUCACUGUUGGGGCGAUGCAGACCAUGCGCCUAUUACGACCUCAAAGGCCACUGUAUCCGAUAGAGCAUCUGGGAUUGUUCUUGACUCUUUACCAAAAACAUUCCGAGAUGCUGUAGUUAUCACCUACCACCUGAACAUAAACUAUAUAUGGAUUGAUUCACUUUGCAUCAUCCAAGAUAGUGAAGAAGAUUGGAAUUUAGAAGCUUCCAGGAUGGCACAGAUUUACUCUUCUAGUUUCUUGAAUAUAGCUGCAACUGCUUGCAAGGACAGUACUGUUGGCCUUUUCUAUGACGGCUGGAAUGAGGAGGAUGGAUUCUUGGGGACCCCGCGUGAGAUUCGGUGGUCAGGAAGUACUUCAAAUCAUGGCGAUUAUUCGAUAUAUAUGCAGGAGAUAGAUCACAGCCACUUUCACGAUUCCGAACUACGUAUAGAAGGUCCUCUGAUGUCCCGAGCGUGGGCAUAUCAAGAACGUUUCCUGGCACCUCGAACUGUACACUUCACAUCAGCAGAAAUGAUCUGGGAAUGCGGCAGCAUGGUCGUUUGUAUAUGCCCGUGUGAUAUUCAUUUUGGCCUUGAUACAGUACCAAGAUAUCACAACUAUAGCCACCGAGAGAAAAAAGAUCAAUGGUUCGGACAGUGGGGCAUAAUUGAUGAAUAUUCCAAGCUCAAUCUCAGUAAGCCAGCAGAUCGGCUCCCAGCUAUUGCAGGGAUUGCGUCUCAUUUCGAGAGCCAUGAACGUAGGAUAAAGAAUGGGAAAUCGACAACAUCGCGCUAUUUUGCUGGUCUUUGGGAAGACAACCUGCAUCAUGAUUUGCUGUGGCGUGUGAUCUUUCCGGAGAAUGAACCUCGUGAGGUAGUUCGGAUUGUCCCAUACAAUGCGCCAACGUGGUCAUGGGCUUCUCUGGAUUCAAAAUUUAUACCAAGUGGGAAGCCAGGUCAGGGUGUUAACAUAGGGAACCACUACAGUACUGGUGGUAUAGCCCCCGAUUUUAAAAUUUUGGAUUGCUAUACAACUCUAAUCGAUCCGUCUAACAUAUACGGUGGUGUUAAAAGUGGAAAGAUUGUUUUGCAGGGAAGAUCCGUUACACCAACAAAAGUAGAAUUAUUCUACGAGGAAUUCCAAUGUUACAAAUUGUUCUUCCAUGAUAUCAAAGCAAAGCGUCGAGCGAUAAAAGACAAUCAAGAUUUUGGGAAGCUGAUGGCAGAUAUCCCACUGGCGUUGUCAAAAAUUAUCAAAGAUAGAGUCGAUUGUGGAGAAUUACAUUGCCUGUGGAUCAAUUCAUUUCAAGGUGUUAGGCGUAAUGAUCACCGUCAUUUAGCACUAGUUUUGAGGCAAUCAGAAACUUCAGAGGUAUAUGAGAGAGUGGGUAUUGCCACGUUUGAUAAAGGUGGUAUAGCAGUCGGUGGUGGAAUCGGUGAUUCUACUUUUGGUAAAUUUAUGGAAUCUAUUUGGACUAAAAGUGGCAUCCAAACAUUCGAGGUUGUCUAAAUCGAGGUAAAUACUUCAGAUACGCGCCAUGCAUUCAGAAAGUCUAUGAGACUCCGAUUGGAGAUCGGUCUGCUACGAUUAUACGAUUAUACUCGGAAGAAAGACACGCUACGACACUGGCCAGCUAACUUGACCAUUUGAACGGGAUGUUUGUCGCAGUCAAAUGAGUGACGGCGCCGCGGAGGCAGAUUGAUUUUCAAAGAACGUUGAAUUGAAUCAACUAGAAAUAGCACGCUAUCUAAGAAAAUUCUCAUUGUUGUAGCAAAUGAUUGAUCUCUCCAGCUUGAUCCGCCUGUUUAGGGUCUGUUAGACAAUGACAAAAUACCCUAGGUCCGAGAGUCUAUCUUUGAUACUAUUAUUUUUAGGUUUAGAUUUAGUUAACGAAGAAAUAUGAAGAAAGAUC